AGCGGGGAGGAAGACUCAGCUGAAGCAGAAAGAGACGCAGGGGAUUCUGGGUCAGCAGAAGCAGCAGCAGCAGCUGAUGGUGUUGCUGCUGCUGCUGCAGAAAAAUCAGCAACCGAUGCAGCAGCAGCAGACACAGCAGCAGAAGCAGCAGCAGCACCUCUCCCCCCGCCGCCUGGGGACGAUUUGCUGCUGGACUCUCUGCAUGCGCGCUCGCGGCGCUGCAGCGCCGAGUCGGUGGAGGCUGUUGAGGACUUCCGCUUUGCUGCUUCCCAGCCCUGCCUGUGGGACCCGCAAACAAUCCCUUUGGGCCCUUCUGCGAGUUUUGUCGAAGUCGAAAGAAAAGCUUCCUUAAUGGAUUUGAUUUGCUGUGGCGGCAGAGAAGGCCGCAAGGGCGGAGCUGCUGCUGCUGCUGCUGCUGCUGCUGCUGGAGCAGCAGCAGCAGCGCCGAAGGAAAUCGUUUUUCGCAUCAAACCUGUCGGCAGCAAACGCGUCUUCGAGCUCAAGGGACCCCCACAAGAAGUGCUGUUGUGGGUGGCGUGUCUGCGAGACAGCUACCGCAGCAGCAAAGCGAAAGAUGAAGAAACAGCAGCCCUUGUUGCAUCUCAAAAGUGUUUUUGGAAAAUAGACAGAGUAAACCCGAGGGCCUUUCAGGACGUCUGCGGAACCGGAGACAUUCUGCUUUUUCGCACCUUGAAGUUCAACGCGCGCGUGCAGCGGCUCAUCACCCGAGGCACUUAUGAUCAUGUUGGAAUGGUUUUGAGAAACCGAAGAGGAGAGGUUUACAUUUUGGAGUGCAUGGGCGACACGGGGGUUAUUUUGACGGCUUGGUCUUCUCUGGUCAACAACAAAUGGUACAGGGUUUAUCAAAGAAUCGUCUGGCGCCGCCUCUACUGGGCCGUCUCGGAAGAAAAGCUUUUUGCACUUUUGCAAUUUUUAAAAUCUGUAAUUGGAAAAGAUUAUAAACUCACGCUGGCCAAACUUCUCACCAGAAAGCCCUACGAUGCUACAAAUGCCGAAGGCUUCUUUUGUUCAGAACUUAUUGCAGGAGCAUGGAGGGUGAUGGGGGUAAUUCCUGAAGACGCGAUUUGCGCCCAAUACUGGCCAGAAUCUUUUUCGCAACGUCUUGACAGCCAACUGGGGCUGACUGAGGGCUGCACUUUGGGGGAGGAGUUGCUGCUGGACUUCUGUCUGUACACCCCAGAGCAGCAGCAGCAGCAGCAGCAGCAGAAGCAGCAGAAGGGACACAAAAAGAAAAAGCCAAAGCCCAAACAAACUCCAGAGCAGCUGCCAAAGAUGGUCAGCUCCUUGCAGGCGCCCCGCGCAGCACGGGAGAAGGAAGCAGCAGCAAAACUCACGAACAGCAGCAGCAGCAGCAGCAGCAGCCCAGCAGCAGCAGCAGCAGCAGCAGCGGACACAGAGGACUCAUCAGCAGCUCGAGAGACAGGUCUUGUACAGACACCCCAGAUGGAGAGAUUCAAGAAGCUAAGGAGGAAAAAUUCAAGUUUAAAGCGCCAGCAGCAGCAGCAGCAGAAACAGGAGCAAGAGCAGCAACAGCAGCAGGACCAGCAGCAGCAGCAGCAGCAACAGCAGCAACACGAACAGCCGCAGCAGCAACAACCCGACCAAACGCAGCAGCAGCAACACGACCAAGAGCAGCAGCAACAAAAACACGACAGAGAGCAGCAGCAGUAA